AUGCGUGUGACUCUCUUUACCGCAGCCCUCGCGGCCACCUCCGUCUCUGCCUACCCAGGCAUGAAGAACACCUUCUCCGAAAUCCGCGCCCGUGUUGAUGCGGACGGCGGCGGCGCCGACAACGACGACUUUGACUCCGCCGAGCUGAUCGGUGACCUCGCCACCCUCGACGACUCCAAGCUCACCCCCGUGGGCAAGACCGUCAAGUCUAUUCUUCUUGGCAACGACAUCAACCCCGAGAGCACUGAUGUCUAUGUCACCUCUGGCAAGGCCAACAACCUCGCCGCCAAGGGCACGCCAGCCUGUGCCGCCGAUACCUGCUGUAUCUGGAAGUACAUCGCCAACGACCUCCAGGGUGUCUUCAAGGGCAAGUCCGGCCGUUGUACCGACUUUGCCCGUGCUGCUGUCCGUCUCGGCUUCCACGAUGCGGGCGGCUGGUCCAAGUUCACCGGUGACUUUGGCGGCGCCGAUGGUUCUAUCAUCCUGGCUGCCGAGGAGAUGAGCCGUGGCGAGAACAACGGUCUUCAGGAGAUCGUUGCCCAGACUCAGGUCUGGUACAACCAGUACAAGCAGUUCGGCAUCGGUAUGGCCGAUCUUAUCCAGUUCUCUGCCAGCGUUGCGACCGUCGUUUGCCCUCUCGGCCCCCGCAUCCGCACAUAUGUCGGCCGCAAGGACUCUUCUAAGCCAUGCCCUAACGAUCUUCUCCCUCCCGUCACCGGCUCCGCCGACUUCCUGAUUGAGCUGUUCGAGAACAAGACCAUCAAGCCCCACGGCCUCACCGCUCUCAUCGGCGCUCACACCACAAGCCAGCAGCGCUUCGUUGACCCCAGCCGCGCCGGUGACCCACAGGACAGCACUCCCGGUGUCUGGGACGUCAAGUUCUACGCCGAGACCCUCGGCUCUGCCCCGGCCCGUGUCUUCAAGUUCGCUUCCGAUGUCGUUCUCUCCAAGGACUCCCGCAUCAGCGCCGAGUUCCAGGCCUUUGCUGGCUCUGGCGGCCAGGCUCACUGGAACCAGGACUACGCCCGCGAGUACAUUCGCCUGUCUCUCCUCGGUGUUAACAACAUCAACGACCUCACUGAUUGCUCCAAGGCCCUGCCUGCCAAGACCGGCAGCUUCGUUGCCCCUGAUCAGGCUGCUAUGGACAAGUGGCUGGCCACCAAGGACCGCGUGGCCAAGAUUGCCGAUGAGCUCCGCAACGGUGGCAACAUCAGCAGUCUUAUCAACAACGUUCUUGGCUGGCUUAAGGGUAUCUUCGGCUGGAAGUACUAG